AUGACAAAAGAUGAGUACGUAAAUUAUGGCUUCUACCAUUUUCUGGCAUGUUCGAAGGGCUAACGAGACAACAGGCACCAGCGAAAGGUCGAAGAAUACGAUGAAGAGCGCGGUGGCACGGUGAGAAAGGGAGAGGUAAGUCAAUCCCCAUAAGGUAACCUGCACAAACUCCUGAUGCUGAUCUCGGAAAAGGCCAGCAGAUUCAAACCAGGAGCCACGGUUUAUUUCGACCCAGGUGGGAAUUCCGCUCUAGAAUGCCCAUAUUUGAUCUCUACCGUACCGUCGGCGAAGAACUACGUCCUCUGCAAUCCUACAGACUACUCCGUGAUAAAAAAUAGCGAGGUGAUCCGAGAAUCAAAGUUCGUGAAAGGAUGA